AACAUGUUAUUUGUCCAGUACAAACCACAAAGAGUGCAAAUAGAUUUGACACCUAAGACUAUAAGAAAAAGCAAGCUUAUCAGAUUUUAUGCUUAUGUUUCACCUCGUUAUUAAUUGGUUUAAUGAUGUGGAAAUAAGUUGUUGUUCUGCUGUUAAUGUCAAUCACAUUGUAUAAAAGACCAGUGCAGAUUGCUGUAGGUGUGCACCAGUUUAAGACAUUAUAGGGAACAAAACCAGAAAAGGUAGGUCUAAAGACAUUUGAAUUCAACUAUUUGUUGUCAGUGGUGGUGGAUGCUUGAUAUCCAUUUUUCUCAUCUGUUUUGACGUAUUAAAUAAGGAAAUAUGAAGGCUGCAGUAUUUGCGCUGGUUUUGAUAUGCCUUGGCAGUUCGUUGUCAUGUGCAGAAUCCCGGCCUGUUGAUAGCAGCUCAAAUGACAUCCAGAAGUUUAGCCGUCGUUAUGCUGAAUCAACCAUUGCGAGUGACAUCAGCAAAAUUGUGGACUCGAUGGUUCAGAAAAACUUUGUAAACUAUCUGCUCAAUCAGAGAGAGAAGAAGAGCGAACCAACUAUGGCAGAUGAUUCAGACAACCACAUCUUCAAUGACCUGCUGAAAAAACAGUUCAUGAUGUGGGUUCAGAGUAAAGCCGAUGCAUUCAAGAAUCAAUGAAGCUGAACAGGAUGCACCUCUUAAAGCGCCUUUGGAGAACAGACCGAAUUUGAAGGGCAAAUGAGUCUACUACCAGAAUCUUUCACAGCUGAAUAUCUUGUCAUGUAUCUCCAAAUGAAAACCUGUUAAUUAAAAAUAAAUUGCUUUCAAAAUCA